AUGGUGAGGUCUCUGGUCUUCUUGGCCUUCGCGUCCGCAAAGGGAUGGUGGUGGCAAGACUUCAAGGACUCCUUGAAGAAAGCGGGAAACGCGGUUGCAGACACCUUUGAAGAGAUUGGCGUGGCAGUGGGCAGCGCCGCCAGCAACGCAAUCAUCGUCGUGGAGAACCAGAUUGUGCAACCCGUAAAAGCCGCCAUCGAAGAUGUACCAGCUGAGGUUGUGAAUGUGGCAAACCAGAUCGGAACGACGGCCGUGCAAGUUGGCCAGUCGGUGGAGGACUUCGGCGAGGUCGUCGCAGAGACGGCCGUCACGCGGGAAGGAGAUAUCAGAAGCGAGGCAGAGGCCGCCGUUAACCAGGGCGUUUCGUUUGCCACCACCAUGGCGAACGAAAUCGGAAACAAGGCGACAAGCUUGGCCCAUAACUUGGGGGACGGCAUCAAGAAGUUGGGGCCGCUGGUUACAGGCUUCGCACAAGAUGUGUGGAACGCAAUCGAGGGCUUUCUCAGUUGUGUGGUCAACCAAAUCUCCUUGUGUGAGGUGUUGAUUGGUGACCAGUGUGACUGCAGCGCCGGAAGCUUUGUCACAGUCACCACCAAUGACUUCAGGGUGAAGUGUGUGUUGCAGCAAGCAUCCGAGUUCACGAGACUCUUCGAAACCCAAGCCUCCACGGGCCUGAUCACGAAGCUGAAGAACGGCAAGUUGAAGUUGCCUGGCCAGAAUGCAGACAAGAACAAGAAGGGCUCCGGAGUUCCACUGAGGAGCCGUGGCUCUUGCGACACCACCUUGGACAUGGCCUUCGAAGGAGCCGUGCAGUUCGAGCCAACCUUGGAGGUGAAGGUGGCUACCGAUGGUAGUACAGAGUACACCAUCAGCGGACUGGUGCGGGCGUCCUUCGAUGCCUUCGUCUCGGCGGAAGGCAGCUGCGCCGUGAGGGCUGAGAGGAGAUUCCCCACCAAGCCCAAGAAGAAGGUCAUUUGCGGCUCGAACUUCUGCCUGGUGCUUCUGCUUCAGAUGCUUGCGGAGGUGGAGAUUCAAGGCUCCCUCACGGGAACCGUUGAUGCGGGAGCCGCUGUCGAUGUCCAGGUCCAGGGCACGGUUACGGUCAACCCCAACGGUCAAGCCAACGCAGAAUUCGAGACCCCGACGAUCUGGCACCAGGAAGGCUUCGCAAUUGGGGCGAGUGCCAGAGCGUCCGUGCGCAUUGGCACAGGGCCAGUCUUCACGGUUUGGCCUAUGCCUGGCGUGCCGGUUACCUUCAACCCUAUGUUCCAUGCUGAAGCAAAAGCUGAGGGCACGUUAAGCUUCCAAGCUCGCAGCUCACAAGUCCUGGACGGCGCGUCUUCUCAGCCGAACCAGGUCCAGAUGUGCGGAGCAGCCGCCAGAAGCCUAGAAUUUCUGCCCAGAUUGUGCUCCGAUAUUGAUUGUGCUGUUCAUACAUGCUGUCAUGAGCCUCCCAAUUUAUGUUUCAAAAGCCCCCCCCCCCACCCCCGCAACAACAUUUUUUCACUAUGCCCAAAACCAUAA